AGAACACUAUAUUAAACUGAAAACUGACAAGACUGGUCUAACAGAGCAAUUCAUCAGCCCAUGCAAAGGUCGUGGUGUAAUUACCUCACAGUUUUUCAAACAGGGGGAAUUUGUUCUUGAAUACCGUGGAGAACUUUGCAAAGCAGAUCCUUAUCUUGAAAAAAACAAGUUCAAUGAUACGGUGGAAGUGUUCUUAUUUGAUUUCAAAUGGAAAGGAACCUCUUGGUGCAUUGAUGCUUCUGUUGAAGACAAGUCAUUAGGAAGGCUUGUGAAUGAUGACCACCGAAGGCCUAACUGUAAGAUGAAAACAGUUGAAGUUGAAGGAAGGCCACAUCUUUGCCUGUUUGCCUUACGUGACAUUGACCCAGGAGAAGAAAUAACUUAUGACUACGGAAAAGCUGACUGGCCUUGGCGCAAGAUGGAUAAAUCUACCUAUGAGAUCAGCAACCAAAAUGGUGAUCUUGAACACUGCACUCAGGAUAAAUCGACUUAUGAGAUCAGCAACCAAAAUGGUGAUCUUGAACACUGCACUCAGGAUAAAUCUACUUAUGAGAUCAGCAACCAAAAUGGUGAUCCUGAACACUGCACUCAGGAUAAAUCUACUUAUGAGAUCAGCAACCAAAAUGGUGAUCCUGAACACUGCACUCUGGAUAAAUCUACCUAUGAGAUCAGCAACCAAAAUGGUGAUCUUGAACACUGCACUCAGGAUAAAUCUACCUAUGAGAUCAGCAACCAAAAUGGUGAUCCUGAACACUGCACUCAGGAUAAAUCUACUUAUGAGAUCAGCAAACAAACCGGCGAUCUUGAACACUGCACUCAGGAUAAAUCUACUUAUGAGAUCAGCAACCAAAAUGGUGAUCCUGAACACUGCACUCAGGAUAAAUCUACCUAUGAGAUCAGCAACCAAAAUGGUGAUCUUGAACACUGCACUCAGGAUAAAUCGACUUAUGAGAUCAGCAACCAAAAUGGUGAUCUUGAACACUGCACUCAGGAUAAAUCGACUUAUGAGAUCAGCAACCAAAAUGGUGAUCUUGAACACUGCACUCAGGAUAAAUCUACCUAUGAGAUCAGCAACCAAAAUGGUGAUCCUGAACACUGCACUCAGGAUAAAUCUACUUAUGAGAUCAGCAAACAAACCGGCGAUCUUGAACACUGCACUCAGGAUAAAUCUACUUAUGAGAUCAGCAACCAAAAUGGUGAUCCUGAACACUGCACUCAGGAUAAAUCUACCUAUGAGAUCAGCAAACAAACCGGCGAUCUUGAACACUGCACUCAGGAUAAAUCUACCUAUGAGAUCUGCAACCAAAAUGGUGAUCUUGAACACUGCACUCAGCCACUACAUUAUUCUGAUGACUUCUUCUUGGAGAGGACCAGGGGAACUCUGGAAGAUGCGCAGAAGGCUGCAGUUCCUGUAGUUGCCACAACAUCAUUACUUCAACCAGCAUCAGAGAAAUGCUUCAUUGAAUACUUAAAAAAGAAGUCCUCAAGACAAAAACAGGUCUCGACAUAUACAGAAACAUCUUCUGAUGAAUCCGAUCACACAGACUAUAGUGAUGCUGAUUAUGUUCCAGACUCUGAAGGAAGUUCCUCUCAGCUAGAUGAAGAUGGACCUCUUUAUCCAACUGCAAAGAAGUCUCUGCUUUCUCUGCAAUACCCCUAUUUAUCUCCACGAAAACUAGAUAAUUAUUCAGAAAUUUUAAAUAAAGGUAAUGGUGCCACAUCUUUUAAGAAGAGGAUCUCAAAAACCCCAAGAAAGAGAAAGCUCUCAUCCCACAGUGCAACAAAUGGCAAUGAAAGUACACCAAAGAAAAGCAGAACUGAAGAGAUUUCGGACUCAAUCAAAGUGUUACCACCUUCAAAGUCUGGAAGUCGCCGUGUGUAUGAUAAGAGAAACUAUUGUUUGUUUUGUCUCCAACCUACAUCAAAAAUUGCACGACACCUUGAGACUGUACAUAAAAAUAAGGAAGAGGUUGCUCGUGCAUUUCAAUAUCCCAAAAAUUCAAGAGAGAGACGCAAUAGGUUGAACAUCCUUCGAAGACGUGGAAAUUUUGCCCAUAAUGCCAGUGUUGUGAAGAGGGGGGCUGGUGAGCUACAGGCCUGCUAUAGACCAAAGAAAUCCACAGAGGGCAUUGAUUACAUUCAUUGUUAUCACUGCCAGGGACUCUAUUCUAAGAAAACACUGUGGAAGCACAUGAGAAUAUGCCCAGCAAAGAAAGAAAGUGAAGAAGACUCCCAGAGUGGGAAGCAGCGGGUUCGAUCCAAAUGUGCACUGAAAACUGCUGUUGCUCGUGACAUCGGAGAGGGCUUGAAAAAUGUGAUUUCCUGCAUGAAAUAUGACGAGGUAACUCAAUUAAUCCAAAAUGACCAACUUCUUCUUCAGUUUGGACAGCACCUUUAUGAUCUAAAUGGUUCAAGAAAGAACAGACAUGACUACAUAAGGCAAAGGCUUAGGGAACUUGGGCGACUGCUGCUUAUAGCUCAGAAGAAUACCCCCAUUCAAAAGGCAGAGGAACUGAUUUAUCCUGCAAACUUCAACCAUUUGAUAUCUGCAGUGAAAGAGGUGGCUGGGUACAAUCCUGAAAGAAAUACAUUCCAGAAACCUACCUUAGCUCUAAAAAUUGGCAACAAUCUGGGAAUUAUCUGUGAGCUUGUAGAGACUGACAAUUUGUCCUCAGAAGACAGAGACUCAAGCCUUGUGCAAUUUGCCAGAGAAUUUAAGGCUAUCAAAAAUUUUAGAUGGAAGGGACUGAUCACCAGAGGUGCAACAACAACCAUGAAGGAGUCUAAGUGGAAUGCACCACAGAUUUUACCUUUAACAGAUGAUGUCAAAUGCUUGGAUCGCCAUAUGGAGACUGUUAAAAGCAGUGCUGAAAGAAUGCUGAGGUUGACUCCAACUCCAUACAGCUAUGCAAUGCUUGCCAAAGUGACACUUGCUCAAGUGAUCAUUUUUAACAGAAGAAGAGAAGGAGAGGUAUCAAGAAUGGAGGUGUCCACCUUUAAAGACAGAAAAAAGUCAGAAAUCAAUAUGGACAUGGCUGCUUGUCUGACCUCACUUGAGAAAAAAAUGUGUGAUUUCUUCACCAGAGUAGAAAUCCGUGGAAAACGAGGGAGAGGAGUUCCUAUUCUCCUGAAACCAUCAAUGGUCUCUGCAAUGGAGCUCCUUGUGGAAACUCGUGAAUCUUGUGGCGUCCCCAAAGAGAACAUUUACAUGUUUGCUAGACCAGGAGCUUUAUCUGCCUAUCGAGGAAGAGACUGUAUCCAAAUGUUUGCAAAGGAGAGUGGAGCAAAACACCCUGAAAUCUUAACAUCAACAAGGCUCCGAAAACAUAUAGCAACAAUGUCUCAGGUGCUUAAUCUUCAAGAAAAUGAAGCAGAUCAACUAGCAGACUUUCUGGGUCAUGACAUACGUGUGCACAGGCAGUAUUACCGUUUGCCUCAGGGAACACUUCAGCUUGCUAAGAUGAGCAAAUUGCUUUUGGCACUGGAGAAUGGAACUGUUUCACAUUAUAAAGGCCAAACACUUGAUGAUAUUGAAAUUUACCCUGAAGAAAAAGUUGAUCUGGGAAAUUCAGAUGGCUCAAGCGAUGAGAGUGAGCCUCUUCAAUCAGCUCUGGAGGCAAUAAAAACACCAGAGAAUGAGACAACGGAUCAGGGUGGAGACAGAGGGCCAUGGACUUCUUCAUCUCCAGGGACGUCUUCAUCUCCAAGGACUUCUUUCAGUCCUCCUUUGAAAAAGGGCAACCGAGUUAACGCCAAAUGUAAGUGGGAAGCUCAUGAGGUACGUGCAGUUGAAAGACACAUGAUGCGUUUCAUCAACACAUGCAAGGUGCCUCAGAAGCUGGACUGCAUUCAAUGCAUCAAUGCAGAACCCUAUGCACUGAAAGACAGAAACUGGACUGGAGUGAAAAAUUAUGUUAGAAAUCGCAUUACUGCCUUAAAAAGAAAAGCUUGUGCAAAGGACUGAGGGCUGUCUGUUUGUGAUUUCAGUGAGUUAAAAUUUCCUGUUUCUCUGGUAAAAUGGUUCUGAAGAUGUUUUGAAGACGUUGCACUCCAAAAAUUUCAGGUUCAGUAAUUUUGUUACCUAAGACCUUUUCUCAUUCUGAGAGGAAAAAACAAAUCUUUUCAAGUUGACAUUUUGUUCUUAACAUGGUUUUCAUUGUGUCCACUUCACACUGUACGAAAUGUAUUUGGAAUCAAAGUUUUUUACAUUUGCGGUUAGAAGCACUUAAUGAAUUGUGCAGAUAUUUUGCUGUUUCUUUGUUGCUGCAAGUUCCUGUGUAUACAUGAAGUGCAUGUAAAUUGCUAAAAACAACACGGUAGGAAUAAAAGAAGCAGAAUAUUUAAA